AUGUCAGACCAACUCAAACACCCAGUCAUUAUUUCUGGAGGUGGCCUUGUCGGGUUGACCCUGGCACAGUACCUUGAGAGAGUCGGCAUACCAUACCUGCUUUUUGAGCGUGAUGAGAGCCCUGAUGCGCGAUACGGUGGCUGGGGCAUUUCAAUCAACUGGGUCACUCCCGCUCUACGGAAAUGCCUUACUCCAGAGGCCUUUUGUGCUAUUAAGGCCCUUCAUAAUGACCCAAGGACACUAGAGGAGGAUACUAUCCCAUACCAGUAUUUUGAUCUAGAAACCGGGAAAGCAAAGACUACUCACGUCCUGCCUCCUCAGCUGCGUGUUUCUCGCCUCAAGUUGCGGGAGAUACUUGCUCAGGGAGUCAAGAUCAACUGGGGCAUAUCUGUUACUGGAUGGGAAGAGGUCGAUGACGGCGUCCUUGUUUCUCUAUCAGACGGAAAAACGGUCAAGGGAAGCAUUCUUGCAGGGGCUGAUGGGAAGAACAGCAAUAUCAAAAGAAAGAUUCUAGGCGAAGAAAAGGCCAAGCUUUAUACCUUUCCUAUAGGGUUCGUUGGUCUAAAGAUGCGACUUGCACCAGAGAAGAUUGCCCCAUUUCGAAACUUGAGUCGUAUAUUCUUCCAUGGCACUCACCCAAACGGAAAGUUUAUCUUCUUCUCUACUAUCUCUACCCCUGAAGUAAAUGGAAGCAAGGGCACAGAAAACGAGUACUUUGAGGCGCAGCUCAACAUGAGCUGGAAUGCUGGAGACGCUACGCAAGAUAUUCUGAAUCUGCCGCCCGCUGAGAAGCUCAAAGAACUUAAAAAGGCGGCCACGGAGGGCACUGGAUUCUUUAAGGAACUUCGGGAGGGGUUCGAUAAUAUCCCAGAUGACACUGAAGUAUUGGAUAUCGUGCUCCAGGACUGGAUGACAGAAUCUUGGCGACCUUCGGCAUCGGUAACGAUUCUAGGCGAUGCAGUACACCCCAUGACUAUGUACCGCGGUGAAGCUGCGAACCAUGGAAUGUUUGAUGCCUAUAUGCUUGGUUGCCAACUCCACAAGGUGAGUAUGGGAGAAAAAGACACAGCAAAAGCAAUUGAAGAUUUUGAAAGAGAGAUGAUUAGCCGGGCACAAGAGGCAGUCAGCCUCAGUCGCAGGGCGGGUUUUGAGGUCCAUGAUCUCGAUGCUAUUUCAGAGUCAAGCGCUUUGUUUCAGUACCCGCAUGUGCAGAGGUUGGAAGCUCUCAUGUCACAAUAA